AGUCGUCGUGAAGGCUUGUCUGCUGUAGGAAAGAGAAUUUCCAACAUAGAGCUCACUCAUGAGUUUCAGAAGGAGGGAACUAUAUCCUAAAAAGCCCAAUAGUGCAACCUUAUGCAUGUUUAUUCAGAAGUUCGUCCUACUGUGUUCAAGGGAGCUUAUACGCAGAGACCGGAGGAUGAGGCUGUUGUGGAUCUGGGAGGUACCAGAAAUGUUGUCAACAUUCGUUAUGAACCUGAAGAGCUGGAAGGGCACAGGACUCUGUAUGUUGGGGUGCGGAUGCCUUUAAUGAGACAGACCCACAGACAUCACAGACAUGGCCAGAAGCACAGGAAGCGAGAUCGGGCGCGGCAAAUGCAAGAAGAGCCUGGGUCUAAUGAUUCCCCAUCUCGGAGAGUUCAGUUUAUCAUUGGCUUGGAGGAGGAUGAGGAACAUGUCCCCCAUGACUUGUUCACAGAGAUGGAUGAAAUCUGCGUGAAGGAGGAUGAAGAUUCAGAGUGGAAGGAAACAGCAAGGUGGGUGAAGUUUGAAGAAGACGUGGAAGAUGGAGGAGAGCGUUGGAGUAAACCCUACGUUGCAACCCUCUCAUUGCACAGUAUCUUUGAGCUGAGGAGCUGCAUCAUCAAUGGGAUUGUCCUUCUGGAUAUGAACGCAAGCACCAUCGAAGAAAUUGCAGACAUGGUUCUGGAUCAAUAUGAACCUUCUGAGGAGAUUGAUAAGAAAACCCGCAAAAAAAUCCGGGAAGCCCUUUUGAGGAGUCAUCACCAUCAGAAUGGAAAGAAGAAAAACAUCCUCCCAAUUGUCCGCUCUUUAGCUGAUGUCUCCCAGAAAAAAACUGAACCUCCCUCGACAGAUAAAGCAGGAGUGAGCUCACCAAGUGCCCCACCUCCUCCAGGCUUGGACGCUAAGAAUGGAAUAAUCCAUGAUACCACCCCAACAGACUUAACUAAGGCAGAGCUUCAUUUUAUGAAGAAGAUUCCCACUGGAGCAGAAGCCUCAAAUGUUCUUGUGGGAGAGCUAGAUUUUCUUUCUCGACCGGUUAUUGCCUUUGUGCGCUUAUCACCAGCUGUUCUUCUCCCAGGCAUGACUGAAAUUCCUCUUCCUACCAGGUUCAUGUUUAUCUUGCUGGGUCCAUUAGGGAAAGGACAACAGUACCAUGAGAUUGGAAGGUCCAUGGCUACCCUCAUGACUGAUGAGAUUUUCCAUGAUGUUGCUUAUAAAGCUAGGAACCGUAAUGACCUUUUAGCUGGGAUUGAUGAAUUUCUAGAUCAGGCGACGGUGCUACCACCUGGAGAAUGGGAUCCAUCAAUUAGAAUUGAGCCACCAAAAAAUCUCCCUUCCCAGGAAAAGAGAAAGUUACAGGGAACACCAGGAGCCCCUAAUGGAAGCAUUAGCCAAGAGGACGCAGAAGAUGAUCAUGGUGGGCCAGAACUCCAGCGAACGGGAAGGCUGUUUGGUGGCUUGAUCUUGGAUGUGAAACGGAAGGUUCCUUGGUACUGGAGCGACUAUAAAGAUGCUAUGAGUUUGCAGUGCUUAGCUUCCUUCCUCUUCCUGUACUGUGCCUGCAUGUCUCCUGUGAUCACCUUUGGGGGGUUGCUGGGAGAAGCAACAGAGGGAGAAAUAAGUGCAAUAGAAUCUUUGCUUGGAGCCUCAAUGACCGGGGUGGUGUAUUCCCUCUUCGCUGGUCAGCCUCUCACCAUCUUGGGAAGUACUGGGCCGGUACUGGUCUUCGAGAAGAUUUUAUUCAAAUUCUGCAAAGACUAUGACCUAAAUUAUCUCUCUCUACGAACUUGCAUUGGCCUGUGGACUACAUUCAUGUGCGUCCUCCUUGUAGCAACUGAUGCCAGCUGCCUUGUGUGCCACAUAACUCGCUUUACAGAAGAAGCGUUUGCCUCUUUGAUCUGCAUCAUUUUCAUCUAUGAGUCUCUAGAGAAACUGAUUAAGUUGGAGAGAACCUACCCAUUUCAUAUGCACACGGAUCUUGAUCAACUGAGCUUGUAUUACUGCAGGUGUUCAGCCCCAGCGAAUCCCAGCAAUGAGACCCUGCAGUACUGGAAAGAAAACAACAUCAUUCCUUCAGCCGUCACAUGGGCUAAUCUCACAGUCUCCAAAUGCCGGAAGAUGCUUGGAGAAUUCACAGGACCUUCAUGUGGCGUUGAUGGACCUUUCACCCCAGAUGUUUAUUUUUGGUGCUGCAUUUUGUUUUUUACCACCUUUAUCCUGUCGAGUACGCUGAAGAAAUUUAAGACCAGUAGCUAUUUCCCAAAAAGAGUUCGUUCAACAGUAGGUGAUUUUGCUAUUUUCAUUACCAUUGCUAUCAUGGUUCUAAUUGACUACUUAGCUGGAAUCCCAUCUCCAAAGCUACAUGUUCCCAGGGUCUUCAAGCCAACAAGAGACGACCGUGGGUGGCUCAUUAGUCCAGUUGGUGACAAUCCCGGGUGGACAGUAGUAGCAGCUAUCAUCCCAGCUCUGCUCUGCACCAUACUGGUAUUUAUGGACCAGCAGAUCACUGCAGUUAUUGUGAACAGGAAGGAACAUAAGCUUAAGAAAGGGGGCGGCUACCACUUGGACCUUCUAACGGUGGGCGUCAUGAUUGGUGUGUGUUCAGUGAUGGGGUUGCCUUGGUUUGUUGCUGCCACCGUUCUUUCCAUCAGUCAUGUGAACAGCCUCAAACUGGAGUCCAGCGUGGCAGCUCCUGGAGAGCAACCUAAAUUCCUGGGCAUACGUGAGCAAAGAGCUACCGGAUUGAUGAUUUUUGUACUAAUGGGCCUCUCAGUUUUCAUCACUAGUGCGUUGCAGUUUAUACCUAUGCCUGUCCUCUAUGGAGUGUUCCUGUACAUGGGCGUUUCUUCCCUGGACGGAAUUCAGUUCUUUGAUCGCCUGAAGCUCAUUGGAAUGCCAACCAAACACCAGCCGGACUUCAUCUAUCUUCGACACGUUCCAUUGCGAAAAGUGCACCUCUUCACUGCCAUCCAAAUGACCUGCCUCAUUCUUCUCUGGGCUAUUAAGGCAUCUCGUGCUGCUAUUGUCUUUCCCAUGAUGGUUUUGGCGUUGGUCUUUGUACGGAAGCUCAUGGAUGUCUGCUUUUCAAAGCGGGAACUCAGUUGGCUUGAUGACCUUAUGCCAGAGAGCAAGAAGAAAAGAUUGGACGAUGCACAGAUUGUGGCAGAGCAAGCAGAGCAAGUAGAAGAGUCUGAAGGGAUGAAAGAAUCUUCAGAAGAAGCUGUAGUUCAAAUGCCAAAUUUUCUUACUGUACCAGGAGCUGGAACUCCACCACCAAAACUUCCCAAAAAAAAUACCAACAGGCCUGAUCCUUUAGAAAUCAACAUCACUGACGAAAUGGCUAAAACAAUCUUGUGGAAGAACAUCGUGAAUCAAUAAAUGCUCUAAAUCAAGAGUAGAGCUUUGCCAUUCAUGCCCCUCUGCUUUGGACGAGGAGCAGCAGCACACGAAGAUGACUCAGGGAAGAGCCAAGACAUGCAGGCAAGGAAGGAAAAAUGCUUUUGCAAUAGAAAAGGGUGCAAGCAAACAAACUGCCCCAGUACUUCCUUCACACAAGUAACUGGGUUCAUAUUAAAAAGCCAUUCAGAAGUGUUUUGAAUAUCCCUUAGUGUGCUUCAGUGGGCAUCCUAAUUAUCUUCAGACCAGCAAAUCAAGACGCACAUGAAACAAUGAAAAUUCAGUGUUAAAGCCUGUGUGUGUGUGUGUGUGUGUGUGUGUGUGUGUACAUUUGCCGUGUUGCAGUUUCUUAGCUAUAGAGAGACUGCUGUCUCUGCAUACUUAAAGUCUCCCUCUUCAGUGUCUGUUUUUUUUAACCUUUUAAACUUUGAAUGUACAACACCACCACUAUGUUUGGAUUUUCUUUUUUUAUUCUUUGUAUUUACUUAUUCUUUGCAGAAAUAGUUCAAUUAGGGUUUGCCUAAGUUUCUACACUGAAUCACAGAAGCAACUGAUAAGAGAUAACUUACAAGAAAAUGUGGGGCGGGGAAUGGCCUUCUGAAAUGCUCGUUUUAGAAAAAAUUAAGUCACAUUAUUUUAAUUCCUUUGUUUUUUUAGCUACUUUAUGAUGAAACCCUAAUUCAUCAGAACAUUUACGUGUUUCAGUCACAAUAUAGACAUGGGCCAAACAUAUCUGUGUUGAUUUGUCUGUGUGUGUGAUCUUCAUGGUCUAGGUAAAAGCAACCAAGCCAUUGACCAUAGCAAUGUAAAUGAGCUAGCAGGCUAGAGAAGGGCAAUUGUGUCAACAGCUAUUGAUAUCACAAUCGGCACUCUCUUGACAAAUCCCUGCAGCCCAAUGUAUUAUAAGGGCAAAAGUGGACUGAUAUGGGGAGAGCAGCAGUUGAGCCCAGAAAUGUGAUCAGAAAUGUUGAGUUCAUAGAUUGAGAACAAAACAACAGACAUCAAAAGUUGCCUUUGAGGUGAUUGGGCCAGGAGCCUCAGUGCCUCAGUGCAUGGAAACUUAGUUCAUGAUAUUCUUCUACCCCUUUGAAGUUAAUAACAUCAGAGCUAAUUGAUCUACUAGACAGAAAUUUGGUUCUUGAUUCUUCUGUUUUCUAUUAUCGUUUGAGAACAUUGGGGUUCUCAAGCAUGGCUCUUGUGUGCCUUUUCAGGUCAAGAAGUGAACCUCCCCAAGUGUUAAUUGGCCAAGAAAUGAUGACUAGGGCCGAUGCUAUUGCCCCAAGUGAUGCUUGGUCAUUUGAAUUGAUGGCAUGAUUUCAGGUGCCCCAAGGGCAGGUUUCAAGGAAGCCAACCAACCAGUUUGCUCCACUGGGGCCCUGUGCAUUAUCCGCUACUGCAACUGGGAGGGAGACAUAACUGUAUUACAGAGCAGGGACUCACUCUGCUUCCUCGCCCAUCCAGUCUGGUGCUUUGACUAUGUGGCAGGGGGGCUGAUGGUAGCAUAAGUAGUUUAUGCUUCCAAAGCUGCUGGCACCUCAAAAGAAUUGGUUGCAUAGCAUUUUGACCAUCCUGGGUCCCUCAAAAUUUAGAGAAGUUAAAAAAUUUAAAUAGACAAGAAAGAGAUGGGCAUGGCCUGCUGACUUUUCAGAACAAAUCAAUAAUAUCUGUCCUGACUUCUGCUGCCUUUUUGUACCCAAGAGCCAGGUUGUGUGUGUGUUGAUUUCCUCAUAAAGCAGUGCUCUGCAAUGGCCAAUCCAUACUUUGUCAAAACCUUUGAGGGACAAGGCAGGGAUGAUAGGCCAGGUGAGUAGGUCAGGAUUCUCCAACCUAGACAGAACACUGUUGUCUUUUCUCAAGUUCUUCCUGUAGGUUUUUCUGUACCAAGUAAAUUGAUAUUUUUCAGAAGUUGGACAUGUGUUUAUUGAGGACACAUUGGGAAAAAGGGUACUAAGCUGGGAACAACAAUACCACAUGCUUAAAACUCAUUUAAAGCUAUUCCUUCACAGUAGAAAACCCUGGAACAGAAGUUCUGUGAUGGAGACUCUCAGCAGCGAUUCUUGCUCCCAAUAUUUUUUUCGAGGAAGCGGUGGCAGUUUAUUCUGAAAACCUUUAGCAGUUUCAUUCCACCUAGAUCUAAGUGCAAUUUAGAUCUGUUACCCUUCCAUGAAACUUAAGGCAAACUACAUUGCUCAUUUCUACAAUUCUCUCCUUAUCAAUAUUCCUUCAUCUCUUGGCUAUGUGAAGAAAACCAGCAUGGUGGAUUGAGUUGUGAGUGGUUUAUUUUCCUUGUAAAUGUUUGCCUCAAGAGUGGCUGGGGAAACCCAGCUGGAUGGGUGGGGUGCAAAUACUAAAAUUAUUAUUAUCAAGACCCAGAAUGAAGAUGUGAGACUCAAGAACUGGACUGAAAAGAAGAGCACAACUUUUAUCGAUAGACAACAUGAUCGGCAAUGAGCAAAAGUCCUCUCUCCUUAUCCCCCUUUCAGAGUAUGAGUUCUUGGUGAUAAGGUGAGAGCCAGGAGGUACUGUCUUCCACAGUCUGCUUCCUUUGGGUGACAGUACCCUGGCUCAGAUUCUUGUGCUGCAUUGUUGGCCCUUUUAUGGCACACAGAGGCAAGCAAGGGAGGAGCAAGCACUUACAUGCAUACUUAAAUCCCCCACUAUUGACUGCCAUCCGUGUCAGCUGAUCUGGCUCUGCAUUGCAGUCUUGUGUUCCAAGGGUGUGAGCAAAGCCAUCUCAUUCACAAGCACACAAGGAGCUGUGGAGAGGUAGUCAAAGUGGUGGUAUUGCCCUUUUAAAGUAGCUGUAAUUGUAGGGGUUCCAUGCUUUAAGUAAGCAGCCUUUAAGACUGGCAGGAGAUCAAAUUUGCACAUUUCCUAUCCGGGCUUAAUUCCUUAUGCUGAGAGCGGUUUACAAGAUUAUACAACUUGAACAGAGGCGUAUAUUUCAUGGGGGAAAGGGGGCAAGUAGUCUGUUUGGUUACACCUGUUGUCCUUGGAACAGAGAGCAUUAAAUGCCCUGCAGGAAUGGGCAUGCUGAAUUGGUCAGGGUAAACCUACCAAUCCUAAACUGGAGGCAGGUUUGGGAGACAGGAUGCAAAUCGUUUGCAAGUCACUCUGAACCUUGGGGUGAUUCCCCCCCCCCCCGACGCAAAAUUGAGAUUGUUUUAAGAUACUUCAUUGGUGAGAACAUUUAGCAUUAGGAUUUGCUCGUUAGGAUUUCAGAAAUUCUGUCCCCUGCCCAGGUAGCAUUAAUGAGUAGAGCUAAAGCAAGUGGUAGCAAGAUAAUAGCUGCCAGGUAAGGGAUUGAGCCAAGGCAAAGUUUGGUGAAUUAGGAACAUAAGUGUGAUGGGAUUUAGCUGGUCAGGGUAAAGCAGAGGCAGAAAAUAGUGUGUAGGUUUCUCCUUUGCCACUGAUGAAAUAUUGUUUUGGGCCACUGUUGCAUUCCCAUUUGCUUGGCCAUUUCAUUGAAGUCAGAGGAACUCCCAAUGAUUGUUAUGAUUAAGGUAUAGGUCAGCGGCUUGAACUUAACUGGAUUGCAGCUCAAAUAAUGGAUGGAGCUGUAUCUACCAACCACCAAUUUAUUGAAACGCAGUUUUGAAUUUCAGCUCUGACUUGAAUUUCAAAAUCUCCACCUCUUGACCUGCCAUGAAAGUUAAGCCGAGAAAAACCAGAGUAUCUGCGUUAAUAUUUGCAUUCAUUCUAUUCAUGGUUCUCCUUGUAUGCCAAGUGACAAUUUGCAUUUUCAUGCCAUGAAUAAUCAGCAGCUUUCCUUUCAAUUCUACCCUAAGCAUCUUCUGCUUGUCUCUGCAAAAGGGCCCUGCAAUAUUUGCUUGGCAAUCUUGAUAGGAGGCCAAGAUAUAUAGCUUCUCUCGACUCUAGGGCAGUGUUUCCCAACCGGUGUUCCGCGGCACACUAGUGUGCCG